UUCGCGCGCGUGGCAGGGCGCGGUGGGAGAGGAGCGGAGCGGGACAGGAACAGAGACACGGCCAUGGAUGCGGGCGAGGGGCGGCCGCAGCUCCACCUGGCCGCGCUGGUGCUGGCGCGGGGCGGCAGCAAGGGGAUCCCGCUGAAGAACAUCAAGCUGCUGGCGGGGGUGCCGCUCAUCGGCUGGGUGCUGCGCGCCGCCAUCGACGCCGGCGUCUUCCACAGCAUAUGGGUUUCCACAGACCACGAUGAGAUCGAGAAGGUUGCAAAGCAGUUUGGUGCUCAGGUCCAUCGCAGGAGCCCUGAAGUCUCUCAAGACUCCUCAACUUCUCUAGAAGCCAUCACAGAGUUUCUCAAUCAUCAUCAGGAGGUUGAUAUCGUAGGAAAUAUUCAAGCAACAUCUCCCUGUUUACAUCCCAGUGACCUUAUAAAAGUGGCAGAUCUGAUCCAGAAGGAGGGGUUUGAUUCUGUCUUCUCUGUUGUGAGGCGGCAUCAAUUCAGAUGGAGCGAGGUAAAAAAAGGAGAAAACAAGAUGACAGAACCGCAAAACCUGAAUCCAGCAAAGCGGUACCGGAGGCAAGACUGGCCUGGGGAGCUCUAUGAAAAUGGCUCAUUUUAUUUUGCCAAGAGACAUCUGAUUGAGAAGGGCUACUUGCAGGGUGGUAAAAUGGCUUACUAUGAAAUGCGUGCAGAGCACAGUGUGGACAUUGACAUAGACAUUGACUGGCCUAUUGCAGAGCAGAGGGUGUUGAGCUUUGGAUAUUUUGGCAAAGAGCCACUGAAAGAGGUGAAGCUCUUGGUUUGCAGUAUUGAUGGAUGCCUGACCAAUGGUCGCAUUUAUGUGACAGAAGAUCACAAGGAAAUGGUCUCCUACGAUUACAGAGAUAUUGUUGGCAUUGAUCUGUUAAAGAAAAGAGGAAUCCAGGUUCGACUCAUCUCUGACAGAGAUUGUUCAAAAACACUGUCAGCCAUGCAGCUGGGAUGUGCAGCAAAAGUCAAUGUAACAAAUAAACUACAGGUUCUGAAGGAUUGGCAGGAAGACAUGGGUUUGAGCUGGAAAGAGGUGGCUUACUUAGGAAAUGAGGAGUCUGACGUGGAGUGCCUGAAGCAGGCAGGCAUGAGUGGCGUGCCUGCUGAUGCCUGUGCCGCCGCUCAGAAGGCUGCUGGUUACAUCUGUAAGAGCCCAGGGGGCUGUGGAGCUGUGCGGGAGUUUGCAGAACACAUAUUCCUGCUCUUAGAGAAAGUGAACUCUGCAAGGAAGCAACGGGAGGAAAUCAGCUCAGCAGGGAAGGAAAUGGGGAGAAAUGAGAACAGCAGGAAAGGAAACAAAGAACUGAUGGAAAAAGAGUAACGCUGUUGGGCAAUCCUGCUUUUCUUCCUCAGUACAUCCAUAUCCCAAAGGAAUGCUUACCUUUCAAGUUUUACAGCACAGUAAAGAGUGUCUCCCUUUAAUUCAUGAUUAUAUGCUGAAAACAUGAUCAUAUCCGUGAUGAUUUUUAAAGCCAUUUAAAUGUAGCAAUGGGAGGAAUGCUACAAGAGAGUGCCCUGUAAAUCUACUCCUAAUCAUCACGCCUAUCCUACAGGAAUGAUGGAUCUUUAUGUCGUAAUCUGAAUGUUUCCAGGGAUCCAUGAUUUUGCAUGACUUGAAGAUUUGUAAUUCAGGCUUAAAAAACCCCAGAAUUUUGUCAGUUUUGCUCAUGUGGUUUGCAUUUCUUUUGUCAACUGCAGGGUGUUGUGGUUGUGUGAUUGCAUUUUACAGGCUUUGUCCUUAGCAAGGAAGAGUUUUAACAUAUGCUGGAGAGGUCAGGUGUGUAAAAUACUAUCAAUAAAACCUCCCCUUCUGUUAUUAAAACAGUUUUACUGUAAAACAAGUUAAUAUUUGUUUAAAAAAGCCCUUUCGCUUUUUUUAAUGUGUUCCGUUUUAAGCUCAUAAAUAAUUAGAUCGCAUUUGGAAUUGUGCCUCUUGGAAUCUGUUUAUUUUGGGUUUUUUUGAAGGGCCUAAAUUAAUAUUCUGCCAGUUUUGGAGUUAAAUUUCCCAUUGUUUUUGAGAUCUUUGCAGAAACUCCGUUUCUUUCUCUGAAGACUUUAUUGCAACCUCAAAUGAGUUAAAGCCAAAUAAAAGUCUUUAAGUUUAUUGUAUGGAGAAGUAGCUGCUGUUUAAAAAAAACCAACAAAACAAACCAUGGUUACUGUGGGUUUUUUGUAUAAAAUUCAUAUACAGACUACUUUUAGCAUGUUAAAGCUGGUUUAUAUGCUUGUAUUUUUUUGAAAAUAGGAUUUGUAUUGUACAUUAAAAAUACAAUAGUAUACAUCAGAGUCAAGUUCUCGUUUGGGUUAUGCUAAAAAUAAAAAUAUUCAUGAUACACAGGCAAUUACAAAUGAGGUGAAUGUUAAUGGCUUGUCAUUUUAUUUUGUUUCUCUGCUAAAUAUUGUAUGGUAUAAAUAGUUAUACUCCCAGUAUAUCACCUGAUAUAUUGGCCUCUGAUAAACUUUGUGUUUACUUCCUUUCACAAAGCAAAAUGUUGAACUGAAAUUAUUUACUUCCUAUCUACAAUUAGCAGAUAAAUUGUUUACUGUACUAAUCAGCUCUAAGUCACCUAAGUUUUAGUGACUCCUUUCAGUCACAUCUUAGGGUUCUCUGAUGGAUAAAUCCCAUGGACUUUGACAAGUGGAGAGCUGCAUUUUGGACAUCAGCAUUUUCACUUCAAUGAAUUCUUGUUUAGAAGAACAUGGUAUAAUUUUACAUUGGGAAGAAUAUGAAGGAUAAAAGAGCUCUAGAGACUGUUUACCAAAAAAAGAUAUGGGAUAUGCAGUAUCUGCUGCCUGGAAGGUUCAGAUUUUUAUUGCCCACUCUAGCGGAAAGCCUAAUUAUAGAGUAGGAAGAGGGAUGCCUUAAUUAUUUUUGAUUUUGUAGAAGAGCCUCAAUCGUAUGAAGGAUUUAGGGGUCAUAGAGGCAGAGACAGUGAGGGUAGCUGUCACCUUAGAGGUGAAAUCCCAAGUCCCAGGAAAGGUUAGAGUAUUUUUCCAAGCCCUUUUCCAGUACAUGUGAACUACACCUGCCUUUGAUCAGAUGGGUAUUACUCAUUCAGAGUAGUUUUUAAUGGUCAGUUUUGUUAUUCUGGGCUAAUAUAGAGAUCAUGGCCAUGUUGAGUACUUGUGUUUUGUGGGGGUUUUUUUGUUUGUUUGGGGUUUUUUGUUUGUUUGGUUUGUUUUGUUUUGUUAACCUAGGAUAUUUCAAAGAAGAUCUUGGGUAAUGUGGGCUGUACUGUCAUGAUUAUGUGAAAUGGAAAAAAAAGAGGAAAUUAUGUAAAUAAUUAUUUGUAAUAAGCUAUUAUGAAAAAA